CUUCCGCUUUAUUUUAUUUAAGUCCUUUUGUAUUUCUCGUUAUCGUUCCAUUAAAGUGUUUCUGGAUACUUUUAUUGGCUCGACUGUUAUAUUCCAUACAGUUGAUAUCUCCUAUUUUGCUUUUUAAAGAAAUAUUACUUGACUGUAGCACUUUCAUUUACCGUGUUUUACUUGAUCACUUUAUUUUGCUCUGUUUUGCUUGAAUAUUUGAUUCACUCUGUUUUCUCUGUCACUGCACUUCAACAAACUUAUUCCAUCUCCUGUCGUUUCACCGUUCUACCUUUCACUCUAUAUCACACACUAUAUCACACACUCUAUGUUAAAAUCUUUUCACUUCGGCUCACUUACAUGUUGUUCAUUCUGCUUCGCUUGCUCUCUCUCACCUCCUUUCACCUCACUCAUAUAUCUCACUGUCUUACUUACUCUAAUUCAAUACCACAUACCUCAAUCAAUCUCACAUCUUCCAUGUUGUUUCACUCUUUUUCACACUGCACCCAAUCACAAAUACCCUUUCAUGGCGUGUCACUUAUUUUGUUUUGUUCGGUUUACUUUGUCUCAUGGUUGGACAGAAACGCCACAACGAUAAGUAAGAGGAAUUUGUCACAGACCGCGACGGCCGGGAAGUCGACCUGUAGACAGGCAACAAAGAAUAACCAAGACCAGGACGGGGUGGACAAGAGAAAGAGAUCAUGUAUACAAGCAAGACAAUUGAUCACCGGCAGGCCAAAGGACAAUAGACCACCAGUAAGUAGGACGACCGUAGAGAAUACUACACCAGCAAAUCGAACACCCAGCGGUGCUGUGUCGAAAUGUCUGAUUCCUAUCAUUCCGAGAAAUCAGAUAUUUCAAAGACUAAUUUCAAAGACUAAUUACGCCAAGUCGCACGAGUCCAGGAAACCGCCAAACUACUUACGGUUGCACGAGGAAGCACCAACAACAGCCUCAGAUAGUAUACACAUCACUAUAAGAGUGGUGAAAACGGCCGUGAUGUUCUCCACAGCGCCCAGCGAGUGAGUUGGCCGAAGCCUUGCUGCAACGGAUGACUGAACUGUAGCCUUUCGUCAUUGACUGUUAUAGUUGAUACCGAGCAAGAAAAGAUGGGGCGAACAGUCCCCUUAUAAGGUGAGCGCCGGGUAACCUGGGUCCACGGUCGUGCGGGGCAGAAUAGUCCACCCAUUAUUAAGUACGGUCUUAUUGUUGUUUUCCUUGGGGUACAUGGACAAUAUCCUGGAAUUCUCUGUGCUCGAGGGGACACGUUAUUACCAAUAUUGGCAAGAAAGCCGCACUGGCGAUGAUGGACGAAACAAUGUAAGAUUCCAGAUCUCAAACCGUGUUACGAUUAUUUAAAGGUCUGCUAUAUACCGGUAUGUAGGUGCUAGCUGGUUAAACACCGGGGGGCCAUUACGACUUUUCUUGUUCAAUUUCUGGAUGUCUACAUGAUGCUAGGACUGCUAAAUACA